AUGGAGUCGUUCAUCUCGGUCACGACCAAGUUUGUUCCUGCGCGCAACCCGCAGAAGUAUGUCACCCUCGUCUCGAAGGACCCCAACAUGUCCGAGGUCGAGCACAUCAUGGACAGCUCUGUGCUCCGCGCGGCGUCCCCGAUCGUCUCCUCAUCGUUGCAGAACGUGAACCUGGCGCAGCAGAAGCCGAUCUUCGUGCUCUACGCGGACUCGAUCGCGGUCUCGAACUUCAUCUCGCUCAUCAGCCUGACCAACCCCGUCCCAGGCGACAUGGAUGCGAACCGCCUCCUCGCCGUCGGGCGCCUCAUGGCCACGUUCGCGGUCAUCCCCUCCGUUCGCGACAUGUACCGCCGCCACGCCGAGGCGGCAUUCAGCAAGUGGACCGAGCUCACGAUCGUCACGUGGGUCCAGGUCGCGCUCCUGGCGCAGUCGGCUGGUAUUCUGAACACGGUCCUUCUCCGUGGCGGGUUCCUCUUCAAGAGCGCCAACACUGUUGAGCGCUGGCUCGCGUGCCUCAAGGAGGCGGAGGAUGAGAGCGAGUUCGAGCCGCGUACCGCCAAGGUGCUCUUCUGGAUGACUGGGGCUGCCAAGCUCGGCGCGAACUUGGGCUCGUACCGCGCCAGGUUUGUUGGUGAGCUAGACUGGAAUGGCCCUCCGAAGCUAACGGCUCAGACAACAAGCUCUGCUUCUCCUCCGAGACCGAAGAGGACGUCUGGAUCGAGUGAGCCGUCCCCGUGUCUUAUUGGUUUGUGGCAGCUGACUUAUAGGAAGGACGAGCUGACGCCCAGAUCUCAAAGCCGAUCAUUGAUCUCUGCUAGUCGAGUAUGUUCUUCUCUGGAAUUAGAUAAGGCCAAGUCGCGCACGACGAGCAUACUCAGGCAACGGCAGAGUAACUCCUUCCGAUCUGCUGAGCUCACAGAUGGCCGCGCCAUCGGGGGCUCACAGUUUGACUCAGGUCUGGCUGACGCAAGGAUUCCCCCAGCGAGGCUCAGGGGGCCUUGCCCUCUCCAACGUUGGAGUCUUAAGCCCUCACGCUGGGGUUCUGGCGACGGAGCAAUGAUGCGAUGCGGCUGGACGUGUUAUGUGGACAGGGGAAAAGCCGAUGGAACAACGUGGGCUGUCUUUGAAUCUGUACUAGCUGACGCCAGCACCUCCAACCCAAGUCUCACUUCAGCUCUUCUUUCCGCCGGUGGACUCGCAAGGGGUCUCACAGCUGACCUCUCCGUGCUGCAACACGACGAAGGUGUCUUUUUCCUAAGCAAGUGCUGCUUCUUCAAGCUGUGUCCCAAGCCACGACCCUCAUCCCUUGUCAAGCGGACUGUGGCAGGCACCUCUCCUACCACGACCUUGACCUCUCCCCACCUUGUUGCUCUCCUGCAAGUGUUGGCAGGUAGGCUGACCGGUUCCAUUUCAGAGCUCACAUCAGGACUGGAGUCACCCGGUAGCUACGAGUACCGUCUGGAGCUUACCUCAGCCCAUGCGUACUCGACGUUCAGAAUGCCCGAUCCCUACAGAUAUCGCCCCCUACACUGUGCCGGGCUGGUCACCAGUUCCGAAAGCCUCUCUUCUCUCUCUUUCACCUCCUGUUCACCUCCUUCAAUUCCUCAACGAGCUCUUCUUGUCAAUUCCGCAGGCCAGGAAACGGCCGAGCAUUCUCGACCCACGCCAGCAGUGGAAGCGGGGCGCCGUCGGUUUAGUCAGGAAUGA